UCACGCUAUUCAGGGAACCAGGAAGUACAAAAACUAGCGAGAAGGAAAUCCAAGUGAAGGGGAUUGUAGUCUGAGCUCGACUGUCAUUUGAACACUGAUACUUCACGCUUACUCUACCCACUGAGCACCAUGGCUGAAGCAGACAUUGCACUGAUUGGUUUGGCUGUCAUGGGCCAAAACCUCAUCAUGAACAUGAACGACCAUGGCUUUGUGGUCUGCGCCUAUAACCGCACCGUGUCCAAGGUGCACGACUUCCUGAAGAACGAGGCAAAGGGCUCCAAGGUUAUUGGAGCUGAGUCUCUCGAGGACAUGGUUGCCAAGCUCAAGAAGCCCCGGAGGAUCAUCCUGCUGGUCAAGGCUGGACAGGCUGUGGAUGACUUCAUUGACAAACUGGUUCCUCUUCUUGAUGCUGGAGAUAUCAUCAUCGAUGGUGGCAACUCUGAAUACAGAGACACAACACGGCGGUGUAGGAGCCUGAAAGAGAAGGGUCUGCUGUUCGUCGGCAGUGGAGUCAGUGGUGGAGAGGAAGGGGCACGCUAUGGUCCUUCACUCAUGCCAGGAGGACACAAAGAGGCCUGGCCACACAUAAAAGACAUCUUCCAGAGCAUUGCUGCAAAGGUUGGAACAGGAGAACCCUGCUGUGACUGGGUUGGAGAUGAGGGUGCAGGUCAUUUUGUAAAAAUGGUCCAUAACGGUAUCGAGUACGGCGACAUGCAGCUGAUUUGUGAGGCCUAUCAUCUGAUGAAGGAUGUCCUGGGAAUGGACCAUGAUGAGAUGGCUCAGGCUUUUGAUAAAUGGAACAAGACAGAGCUGGACUCCUUCCUGAUUGAGAUCACGGCUAACAUCCUGAAAUUCAGGGACUCUGAUGGCACACAUCUGCUGCCCAAGAUCAAAGACAGUGCUGGGCAGAAAGGCACAGGGAAGUGGACCGCUAUCUCAGCCCUGGAGUACGGCACACCUGUUACUCUGAUCGGGGAGGCUGUCUUUGCCAGAUGCCUGUCCUCUCUAAAGGAUGAGCGAAUGGAGGCCAGCCGCAGCCUCUCAGGGCCCCAGGGGGUCAAAUUCAGCGGUGACAAGGCUGUUUUCCUGGAGGACAUCCGAAAGGCCCUCUAUGCCUCCAAGAUCAUUUCCUACGCGCAGGGCUUCAUGCUGCUGCGACAGGCAGCCAAAGAGUUUGGCUGGUCUCUCAACUAUGGAGCGAUCGCUCUGAUGUGGAGAGGAGGCUGCAUCAUCCGAAGUGUCUUCCUGGGUAAAAUCAAAGAAGCUUUUGACAGAGAUGCUGAGCUGCAGAACCUGCUGCUGGACUCUUUCUUCAGUGAUGCUGUGCAGGACUGUCAGGAGUCAUGGCGCAGAACAGUGAGCACUGGAGUCCAGCACGGUAUCCCCAUGCCGUGUUUCACCACAGCACUGUCCUUCUACGACGGCUACAGACAUGGCAUGCUGCCCGCCAACCUCCUCCAGGCUCAGAGGGAUUACUUUGGAGCCCACACAUAUGAACUACUGUCAGACCCAGGCAAACACAUCCACACUAACUGGACGGGCCAUGGUGGAAAUGUCUCCUCUUCAUCGUACAAUGCUUAAAGACCUUCUCCACAUCAGUCAACACAAAACCAAACAAGAUGAGAGGCUGAGGUGAAGAGGACAUGUUACACAUUCCACACUCACCAACAAUCACCAUAAUCCAGCUUUUUACUCCCCUCAGUGACGUGUUACUGCAGUUUUAUUUAUCAAGAAGUGGAAUUAUAGAUUAUGUGUGCUGUAAACGAUUCACCCUGCGUGCUUUGGUGCAACGACUUUUAUAAGAAAACAAAACCUAUCUGGAUGCUUUUGUUAUUAUGCUGGCUACCAAGCUAAUGUUGUCAUGUUGAGCCCAGGAUUCAAGGUGUUAACACUGGAUUAGGGUGAACUGUUGCACUGUACUGUAUUAGGCUAAAUAAAGAUUUCAAUCCCUUUAUAA